AUGCUGAAUAUUUUAGGAUACUUGAUAGGCCUACUAUGCUCUAUACUCUUCGUUGCUAUCUUCAAGUUCUAUAACAAGUUUUGGCUGGUUCCAACGCGUAUAAAAAAUGUGUUGAAUUCACAGCAAAUUAUGGGUCCUUCCUAUAAUUUCAUUCAUGGCAACACCAAGGAAAUUUCUAUGUUGAGAAACAAAUCAAUGAUCUUGCCAAUGGACACAUCAUCGCAUAACAUAUUCCCUCGUGUUCAACCACACAUGGACGCAUGCUUUAGAAUAUACGGAAAGAACUUUCUAUAUUGGCAUGGUCCUCAACCUGAAUUAGUUAUCGCGGAACCAAAGCUUCUCAAAGAAGUGAUGAGUGAAAAAGAAAUUUCGAUGGGGAGACCGGAUAUGGGGCCCGUUUUUAAGAGAUUACAUAAAGAAGGUCUACUUUUAUCUGAAGGAGAUAAAUGGGUAAAAAAGCGAAAAAUAGCAACUCAUGCUUUCAAUGGUCAAAGGUUAAAAGACAUGAUUCCUGCGAUGAUUGAAAGCGUCAGCAUGAUGCUAAAACGGUGGAAAGAUGCUAAAACUAAAGAGAUGGAUGUUUAUGCAGAAUUCAAGAUUUUAACAUCAGAAGUGAUUUCGAGGACCGCAUUUGGGAGUAGCUAUGAGGAAGGAAAGCAAGUUUUCCAAAAGCUCGGGGCGUUAAGCCUAUUAGCCGCAAAAAACUCAAACAAAAAUAGGCUUCUUGGAUUUGGAAAGAUAUUCAAAGAUAAAGAUGUUAUAGAAUCAAACAAACUGGAUACGGGCAUUCAAGAAAUCAUUCUGCAAAUGAUAAGAAACAGAGAAAGUAUGCCAACUUCACAAGAUGAAGAAAACUUCAAGAGUGAUUACCUCGGGUUACUUUUGAACGCACAAUAUUACAUGGACAAAGAUUGCAAGUUUUCUAUACAGGAAAUUAUUGGUGACUGCAAAACGUUUUACUCAGCCGGCCAUGGAAUGACAUCCAUCUUGCUCUCAUGGAUGACUCUUCUUUUAGGUAUCCACACUGAAUGGCAAGAAAAAGCACGGAUGGAGGUUCAAGAAGUUUUUGGGCAACAAAUCCCUUCAUCAGAUGGCGUAGCAAAACUCAAAAUAAUUGGCAUGAUAAUAAACGAGACACUAAGACUAUAUCCUCCUGCAGUUGUCAUAAUCCGAAAAGUUUCAAGGGAAAUGAAAGUCGGAAAACUGAUUGUUCCAGCAAACAUAAACUUGCAUGUACCCGUCCUAGCACUUCAUCAUGACCCCGAGAUAUGGGGAAAGGAUGCUCAUUUGUUUAAACCAGAAAGAUUUUCGGAAGGGAUUGCUAAAGCAACCAACAACAAUCCAGGAGCAUUCAUCCCUUUUGGUUAUGGACCCCGAAACUGUGUGGGAUCCAAUUUUGCCUUGAAUGAAGCGAAAGUUACCCUCUCGAUGAUCUUACAGCAUUAUAGAUUCACUCCAUCAUCAAGCUAUGUACAUGAACCAAUACUUCAGCUUGUGACACCUCGUCCGAAAUAUGGUGUCCAGAUGAUCUUUCAAGAUCUCUAAAAGUUUAUGUUUGCGUGAUCUCUCAAGAUUUGUUCUCAAUUUUCAAAACUUUAUUAUCGGAUUUGCUUAAAGUUGGAACUUGAUUUCUAAUAAGGUGAAUGAACGUCUAAUAUAGCUGUGCUAACUCUACUCUUUAAUUUAGGAACAAGAAUUAGCGAUUUA